GAAAGCAAUGGGCAGAAAGAAACUGCAAUGCAAAUGUAUGACGUGUUUGGUUAGUACAUGAGACUGAAACAUAAACAAAAACACUUUCGAAGCGUUGUUAAGUGUCAGGUGUAAAUUGAUUUCAUUUCGUAAUGACCAGCAGAUGAUAGAUCAACAUGUCUGUCAGCAGGUGACGACUUUGGUGGAAGAAAGAAUAUUUGAGUGUUUUUAUUAAGAAACAAGAAAUGUCACCGUAUUGAGCUAAUUGUACAUGAGAAAUCUGUAAUCUGGACGCUAUGGCAGAGAGAUUUCCAUUUCCACAACAGAAUUUCCAGCAACAUAUGCCAAUGCCCGUUCAUAAUCCAGGAGGCAAUAUUUUACACUACCCGACAGCACCACUGUGGCAGCAGCAGCAGCAUCAUCAACAACAACAACAACAACAUCAUCAACAACAACAACAACAGCAACUUUUGGAAGACCAAAAGCAUAGGGAAUACCUUAAACAACAGCAGAAACUGAGGCUUAUUAGUUCUUCAGCCAACAAGGCUGUAAGUGCUGACAAACUCAUCGAAAAUCUGUUGGAAAAGAAAGAAACAUUCCAGCUGAAGUCAAAUACAAGUGCCAAUGCUUCUCAUGUUCAGUGUAAUUUUCUUCAGGUGCCAGUACUUCCAGCUGGUGUUGCUGGUACAUCAUCUCUGCCAGCAAAUUAUGUAGCCGGAGCAUCAACAACACACAAUGUGUCCGUGGUAUCACAGCCAGUCCAUGACAGACAGAAGCUUCCCACUUGGUUGACAGCAUGUUCAAACAGCCUGCCUCCUAUCUACAGCCAUGUGUGGUCACUUGUUUUGGGACCAAAUGGCCUGGCAGAUACUGGUAGACUGUUCCCAGUUCUUAUAACCAGUGGUUUAACUGCUGAUGUUUUGGGCCAUAUCUGGAGUUUAGCUAAUAAAGAGGUACCUGGACAACUCACAGAACUUGAGCUGUACACUGUACUUGCUCUGAUUGCUCUUGCACAGAAUGGGUGCCCGUUCAGCAGUCUUGGUGUAUUGAAUCUCAUACCUCAGGCACCUGUUCCUAACCUGAAUGUUGGUGUUGUGCGCCAAUCAACGGUUGCAGUGGAUUUGCAGUUACCUGGUUCCCAUAGCAAAAUGAAAAGAGAAGAACUGAAUUUGAAAUUAAAUUCUGAGCAUGAUAAUUCAUCGCCAGGCUGUAUUGCAAAGGAGACAAAAACUGGAAUUGAAGACUCUGUUGAUGACUUCACUGAUUUCCAGAGUUUUACUGUGGGAACAUCUGUAACUGAAAGAGUUGUUAAUCCUGAUGCAAACAACUCAGAUAAGUUGAGAUAUAAUUCACCUCCCAGUGACAGUUCAGUCCAGAAGAACCAUAGCCUUAAUACAGAAAGCAUAACUCACAAAUGUCCAAAUGUGAUCAUAGUUGGAAAUACAAGUCAUUCACGAGGUAUUGGUAGCAGACUUGCCAAUCAUUCUCUUGGCGCUCCAAAACAAAGCAAAAUGCGACAUAAACAUCACCAUCACCACCACCAUCAUAGUCACAAAAACAACCAGCUUCCCAUAAAUUCUGUGUCUCCAGCAGCAGAAGAUGAAUUUACUGAUUUCCAACAGGCUGAAACUUCUCUGGCAGAAAAUAAUGUGGAGGAUAUGUCUUCAGGCACUACUUCAGCCACUUCUCCAAGUGGUACAUAUGUGCUGAAAGAAAGUGCUAUAAGAGCAGGCAAAAAAUUAACUUCUGUGAUUAGCAGACUGGAAAGUUCAAAUGAAGUAUUAAAAGACAGAUCAAACGAGCUUGUUACCUCUGCUUCAGGUACUAAUACUACAUCACCAAAUUACAGUGUUGUUAACACCCACCAUACAAAACAAGAUUUGGAGAAGCCAGUAGUUCAUCAAAAUAUGCAACAUGAGGAACAUUCUGUUAAGGAUAUAGCUAAAAGAGUUAAUAAUGUGAGUGAACUGAUGGCAGUUGAAGAAGAUAAAUACAGUGCACUCCGAGAACUAUCAACAGUAGAAAGAGAGUCACCACUUUUAAAUAACACUGGCAGCCUGGACUUGGCUGAUGAUUUUGGAGACUUUGUUACAGCAGAAGUGUCAAGUGAUGACCCUUUUGCUGCCAUUUCUUCAAGAGAUAGUAGUGGAGUAAACAAAGUACCACUUACUCCUCCAUCUGUAUUUAAUGCUUCUCAGACUGCAGAGUUUCCAGUGGAUUGGACAGCUUUUCACAGUUCAGAUCACACAGUUCCUAAAGCUGCUUCUGCUGUUCAAACUAAAUCUGCUAGUGGUGCUAUGGAUAACAUUUUUAAUUCUCUGCAUACUGCACCAUGCAGUACAGAGGAAUUGCACCUUGUGGAUACUCCAGUUUCAGUGAAGUGUUCAAGCUCUGGCCUCAGUGAAAUAGAUAUUUUUUCACCACUUAAAAACUUAAGUUUAAAUACCAAUUGCAGUACUGCAGAAGAGAAAGUGUUAAGUGUGAGCAGUGAUCUCAAGAUCGAUGGAAAACAGUGCGAUACUAAUGACAAAUCAUUUCCUGAUUGCUUCCAGCUGGGCAAUAACUUCAACAUUAUCAAUAGCAAAGACAGUCCAUCAAAGGGAGCAUCGCUAUCUGUGUUUGAUGAACCUACCAGAACAGAUAUUUUGUGCAGUGAAGCAGUAGAAGAUGAAUUUGGUGACUUUGUUGGUACUGAUGUUCGUUCUGGAGAGACAAGCAGUUGUGUGAGCAAAGAAUUCCCUUCUGACAAUCAGCCAUCUGCAGUAACCAAGGAUAUUUUAUAUGACACACAUUCUGUAAGCAGCUUGGAAUUUCCUACUUUCUCUCUUAGUAGACAUGGAUCACUACCAAGCUUGGACCUUAAAGUAUAUCCCUCAGGAUCUGAGCAACCUGGUGCUUCUCAUUCACAAAAUGUGUCACCACAGGCAGUGGAACACCAAGUCACUGAAUGGUGUCGAUGUGUACAGAGCUGUCUGAGUCUUCUCCAGGCAGCCCUAAAUUUAUUUUCUUCAGUCACAUCUGAAGAAGUGUUAGAAGAAGUGCUACACAUUGGUGAAGGGAAAGAUUAUCUAAACAAUCUGUUGGAGGUAUAUGGUGUCUGUCAGAGGGUGAAGCAUGCCUUUAAACUUACAUCUGCUGAAUCAAAGAAGCUGGAAUCUCUGUUUUGUGAAGUUGACCAAGUUUGGGAUGGUCUUCGUGUAUAUUAUUACAAGGCUGAUAUCUCGGUCCAUCGGGAACUGCCAUCUUUAGAUUUCGCUGAUAAUCCUGUUUGUGGUAUAUGUCUCACAGCCAUGGAGGGAGGGAGUGGCAAUACAAGUGCUCUCGAAUAUGGAGGUCAGCUCUACCAUGCAGCAUGUGCCAAUCUAUGGGUCAAUUGUGUGGAGUGUAGUUUGCCCUGCUUGGCAAACUCAUUGCUGUGAACACACAAUUCCCUGAGAUGUUUAAAGGCAUCAGUAUUAUUUAUGUUUAAUGAAAAUAGUUUCUGUUUUGUUAAAAGCUGUACUUAACCUAUUGUGAUUGUUUACUUUAUUCUGUGAAAUGUGUAGCCAUGUAUAAUUUCACAUAAAUUUGUGAGUUGACGCCACAUAUCUGCAAAGACUUUUUCACCUAGUCAUGUAGACAAUAUACUGUGAUGAGUUAUAAUAAUCAGGUUCUGGAGACAAUAUAUUAUCAUAGUAAUUCCUCCUAUAAGGGAGUGCAGCAUAUGAAUGAAGUUAGUACUCAGUGCUGUUUUUGUAUUCUGGAGGAAUGUGGCACAUGGUACUAUUAUGCCAAAAAUGAGUAAUCUUCACUGUAGAUAGGUGAUUUAAUUUCUGACUAGAAGAAGGUGAAAGGUCAGUUUGAGAUUCAGUGAAAUUGUUGAUAGUUUCUGAAAUAUUUAUUUUUGUAGUGUUAGUGCUAAUUAUUGGCUCUAAAAAUUCUUCAGCUGUUAUCACUUUUAGGUGUGACUAUUCAUGAAAGGAGAAUGAACCUUCCAUAAUUUUGCUCUGUUCAUCUGCUAUUCUUAGGAGUCAUCACAAAUUAACUGUCCUCAGAAACUGAUGGUGCAGUGAUGAAAACUUUACUUUUCACAUCAACAAACAGUAAAAUCAUGUGAUCAAUUUCUUACCUCUCAAAGUUGUAUCUGCAUUUUUUCCCUUCUCAAUUAAAUCAUUGUAUCUAUUUAUUUUAUGAAUGAUGGUAACAUUUGCAAGUUGUGGAGAUGUCUAGUGCAACAUAAAUUGAUUUCGUUAAAGAUAUGUUGUCGGUAAGGAAAAUAUGAGUACAAAGAACAUGAUUUUUCGUGUUCAUUAUACUAAAGAAAGCUUAUCAGAAAGACUUAUUAGUUUUUGAAAGUCAGCUACACAGAGUUACUCAAAAGUACCUCCAGGGUUUCAGUAGCUGGCGUUGUGGAAACUACAAAACAUACAGAUAAUAGAUACACAUCAGUGGAUAGAGCAUCUCUCCAAGUUCUUAACUCACAUUACAGGUGCUCAAUAUAGGCAUCAUUUUUGGUACAACAAAUAGCAAUGUAAGUGAAAGGGCACAUGCAAGCAAUUAAUUGAAGUUGCUACUGCCCAGGAAGGCAUGACGACAGCAGCCCACUUCAGAAAUCCGUUCGUGGUGUUGCCUCCCUACAGGUGCAGACUAAUUCAGUGUGACAAUACGGAGACCAUGAUUUGUAUUCAUGUUCUGACAAAGUUACCGUUAGUGGCUCUGCAAUCACAUCUCAGCACAUAUUAUGAAUUUAAAUUUGCAGAGAGGCUCUAUCCACUGGUAUGUGUUUAUUUCAGUAUGUCUUGUACUUUCCCACACAGCCAUUUUCUGUAGCCCUGGAGGUGCUUACGAAUAACCCUGUAUCAUAAAGAUCAUUUAUGAAUUUUGUAACAUUCAAAUUCGAAUAAAAAAUUUUGAACUACGAUGCUCAGAUUAAAGUUUUGAAUCUUUGAUGCUCAGAUUAAUCAUAUGAAUUUGUGUUGCAUUUGGAACAUGUAGGAUUCGAUUGCAGUGUUGUUGAAAUUUACUUCAGUUUUGUUGUUGUUUACAUUAGUGAUAAAUUUCAUCACCCAAUUAUUCACAGUAAGAGGUUUAUGGAUUUGAGUUCAUGUUGUAAGUGUCAUGUAGAAUACAACACAACCACUGUCAGAUCAUAUAACCGUGUUUCUUGGGUCUCACUUUUUUGCAACAAGUUCUGCUUUUACUGUGUACAGAGAUGCAAACUGUCUCUAUGGGAAUUGUGAAUUUCUUUUACAGCAAAUUGUGUAUACAAAUUUAUUCAUACAUAUGCAUGAAGUAAUAAGUCACACAUUUUACAACACUAUAAAAAAGCAACACAUUCAACAGUAGACUCACCAAAUGAAGCUAAAGUAAAUGGAAGUGGUAAACAGAAGAGGCCAGUAUAAAUAAUAAAAUUAUGGACACUGAACAAAUGAAAGAAUAUAUUUUUUCAUCUCUUUGAUGAGAUUUGUGUAUUUAAUGCAAAUGAUCGAAUCUCAUUUUAUAGUUUUGCAGUUUGUAUCAAGAGAAGCCCAAGGCUGAAGUGGAAAGAGCUCAGUCAGGUUACUUGAAGAAACACUGCAGUCAUUUUCCCAAUUACAUAACUACUUUUGCUUUCCCCAAAUACAGAAUUACUUUUGUAGCAUUUCGCUCCAGUUUCAUGAGUGCCCUGGCUACUGUAUUCAGUUAUAUCUGAAGAGGACAUAUUUAACUUUCAAAGAGUUUCAUUUUAGUGAAUAACUGACUCAGUUUUGGAAAUUUUUGAUGCAAUUUUUUUCCCCAGUUUAAAUUAGUAGUUUAAUUCAUUGAAGCCAUUUUUUUGACUCUGACAUGACAAUACUAGGUACAUUGCUUAUGGUUUUUUUGAUGUUUUCUGUACUACCAUUGCAAAUUGUUGCUUCACUUAAACUGUCUUGACUGAAAAUGUGGCAUAACUGCUGGUUCAUGGGUCUGAAAAAAAUCCUCAGGUGGAAUGAAAUGCACCACCAGUAUUCGAACUUUUUGCUUUGAAAUGUGAACCAUUAUAUUAAAUGUUACUCCAUUUAGACAGAAUUGUUGUGUGCCCAAAAUACAUCAGUUCUUACAAUUAAUUUGUAAUUGUUUCUUCUGUCUCUUUAAUGUUAGCUAUGAGAUUUACUUAGUACUUCCCAGAACAGACUUUGUAUUUGCUGUAAUAUUAA